CAUUCUCUAGAGCCAAGGAAUCUCAGGUCUUAGUACUGAGUAGGGAGUUCAGGCGGUCUUCCCGUAUGCCGACCAUGCAGGUGCCGGAGCAGAGCACCGGGCCCGUGAACCUGCUGAGCCCGGGCCGCGCUUCGUCGCCGCCCGCCUCCCCGCAGCCGCGCCACGGGAGGCUGGUCACCGUGCUGAGCAUCGACGGCGGCGGCGUGCGCGGGAUCAUCCCAGGCACCAUCCUCGCUUUCCUCGAACAAAAGCUUCAGGAGCUUGAUGGGCCAGACGUGAGGAUCGCGGAUUACUUCGACGUGGUCGCCGGGACGAGCACCGGAGGCCUUGUCGCCGCCAUGCUCACCGCGCCCAACGCCGAGGGCCGCCCGCUCUUCGCCGCCAAGGACAUCAACAAGUUCUACCUCGACCACUGCCCGAAUAUCUUCCCUGCCGUCUGCAAAGGACCUCUGGGCUUGUUCAGGAGCAUGAUGGGACCCAAGUACAACGGCCAGCACCUGCACUCGGUCGUGAAGGAGCUGCUCGGCGACACGCGAGUCGGUCAGACACUCAAGAGCAUCGUCAUCCCCACUUUCGACAUCAAGCUCCUUCAGCCUACCAUCUUCUCGACCUACGACGCCAGGAGGGAUGUCUCAAAGAAUGCUCUUCUAUCGGACGUCUGCAUCAGCACUUCCGCCGCGCCGACGUACCUCCCCGGGCAUCAUUUCGAGACCAAGGACAAAGAAGGCAAGACCCGAGCCUUCAACCUCAUCGACGGAGGCGUCGCCGCUAACAAUCCGACCCUUGUGGCCAUGACCCACGUAAGCAAGCAGAUCCUGAUGAAAAAUCUGAACUUCUUUCCCGUCAAGCCGGCGGAGUAUGGCAAGUUCCUGGUCCUUUCGCUGGGCACUGGUACCGCCAAGGUCGAAGAGAAGUUCGACGUUGCCAAGUGCAGCAAGUGGGGCCUUCUCGGGUGGCUCUACAAAGGGGGCACCACGCCGAUCAUCGACAGCUUCAGCCAAGCGAGCGCCGAUCUCGUCGAUAUCCAGGCAUCCGUGCUCUUCCAGGCGCUGCACUGCGAUUGCUACAGGCGCUACCUCCGGAUCCAGGAUGACGAGCUCACGGGCGAAACGGCCUCCGUCGACGUGUCCACGACGGAGAACCUCAAAAGGCUCAUCGAAGUCGGCAAGGCAUUACUGAAGAGGCAGGUGUGCAAGGUGAACAUCGAGACAGGCAAGAACGAGCCCGACCUAGAGAGGGGCACCAACGAGGAGGAACUGACCCAUUUCGCCCGCGUGCUGUCGGAAGAGCGCAAAGCUAGAUCGACUUGGGGCGAUGGGUCUGGGAACUUAGAUAUUACUCCAUGAAUAUCUGUUUGAAUUUGAUGACCUAUGCCAUCGCCCAUCAAAGCCCUAAUGCUCUUUUUGUUAGUAUAUAUGUGUAGAUAUUGUUCUUGUGUAGACAAACAAUGAUUUCUGUGAUAUUUGUUGUAUGUUCAAUAAAUAAAGAUGUGAAUUUUU